ACAAGUGAACACAUUAUAUUCUUUGUUUUAUGUCUGUAUCAAAUAAAUUUAUAAAUGUUUACGAACUCUAAAAAAAGCGAAUUUGCCUAUGCAAUCGAACCAGAGGCUGCAGUGUACCAAAUACACGAUCGCAGAGAACCGCCAGCCAUGAUGAACUUUGCAGCAGCCGACACGUCGUACCACGAACGCAGGAGGGGACGAGUGUUCGUUGACGAUCCGCUAUCUAGUCUCGAACAAGAGAUACUGCUGUUCAGACACAACAACAUCCAGAAAUUUCAACAAGUCUUAGGUUGCGUGGAAGAGGAACCCGAAUACAGGCUGGACGACAUCGAAUGCGCUCUGCGGUACAAUUCGCUUGAUUCCGGGAUCCCGAUAGAAUACGACGAAGAUGAUGUUGCCAACUCGAUUAACACAACUCUGAACAGGUUGAUAUCGUUAUCCCUGGAACAGCAGUGUUUCCAGCAACCGGACGGGGAUGACUGUACGACUGCAAUGAGCAGUUUCACCGCCACCGCUCCUCCGGUCGCUGUCAAAUCCAACAACAAUUGCUGUAGUCCGGUACCGUUGAACGAGACUUAUAACCUGGUCGAAGAAGUGUAUGUCAACCGGGAUCAAUGCCAUACGACCGAGCUCCAAGUGCUGGACGAAUCGCCCGAAGACGGUAUCGUGGUAGCCAUCGAUAUCGGUACGACGUACACUGGUUACGCGUAUUCGUUCAGACGAUCUGGCAGGAUUACCGUCAUGAAGAAGCCCGACUAUGAAAGCGAUACGAUAGUCGAUGGUCAAAAAAUACCAACUGCUUUGCUGUUAUCGCCAGAUUUCAAUUUCCAUUCAUUUGGAACGGCGGCUCGUGAUUAUUUCCACGAUAUGCACCCGGAAGAAGCACACAAGUGGUACUACUUUGAUAAGUUUAAAAUGUUUUUGUACAAUAAAGACGUAAUAUCCAAAGAAACUCAUAUAAUGGCUGCUAACAGCGUGUCCCUUCCGGCCACGCGUAUAUUGACCGAGGCUUUGCGACAUCUUAGAUAUUUAAUUUUAGAAGAACUCACUGAACGGUGUUCCGAAGCUUUGAGUUUGGAUUCGAUUUCCUGGAUAUUAACCGUACCGGCUGUUUGGAAUAAAAGUACCAGGCUAUUGAUGAAAGAAAUUGCAAUCGAGGCCGGAUUGGGUAGUCUAGAAAACCCAGAAUCUGUGACCAUAGUUUUAGAACCUGAAGCAGCAGCUGUACAUUGUCGCAGUGCACGACUCAAAAAUACUAAAGUACUUUCUAAAAUUAAUUUUCAGGAUACCUAUGACACUGAUUAUUGUGUUUUAAACGAAAUAGGCGAAGGGUAUAAUUACUUAGUAGUUAAUUGUGGCGGUGGUACAGUAGAUGUAACAAUUCAUCAAGUGUGCCGUACAGUCAAUCGACUGCCAAUCAGUAAACUCCAUAAACCAUCAGCAGGUGUCUGUGGAUCUCUAAGUGUAGAUAUAGAAUUUGUUAAACUCCUGUGCGCAUUAUUCGGUUUUGGAUUCAUGUCAGACUUUAAACUUCAAAGACCUGCCGCUUAUAUGGAACUCCUCCAAAGAUUUGAAGAAGCUAAAAAGUCCGUGUCUAGCAAAGUGAGAUCGCCAAUAGUUAUAAGACCUCCGUACGCGUUUAUCGAACACUACUUGCAGUAUUCAGACAAAGACGUAUCCGACGCCGUGAGAGAUUACGGGUCUGACGCGAUCGUGUGGAAUGAACUGGAUGGUGUUUUCAUUUUACACUAUUUGGCCAUUGAGCCGCUUUUUCUACCAAGCUUUGCGUGCAUCUCGGAACAAAUCAACAACAUUAUAAACGACGACCGAAAAAUAACUCACAUGUUUUUGGUCGGAGGGUACUCUCAGUCGCUGUGGCUUCAAGAAAAGAUCACCGAGCGUUUUAGCGAUCGUUUGAAAAUAAUCUUACCCGACUUGGCUUAUGUCAGCGUACUGCGCGGGGCCGUUAUGUACGAAUUGAACAGGUCGGAUACACCGGCAUACAAAGCAAAACACAGUUAUGCCGUUGGCAUAAUCAAACCAUUUGUUGACAACACUCAUCCAAUAGAAAAACUCGUCAUAAAAGAUGGCAAACGUUGGUGCACAGACUUGCUGGAUUACCUCAUUGAAGAAAAUGAAUGUAUUAGGGAUAAUGAGACGGUCAUAAAAAAAUAUACUCCCGCGAACUCUUCGCAGGAUUCAAUCGUAAUCAAUAUAUACCUAGUACAUAAUCUGUCUGCUAAGUUCGUUACGGACGAUGGAGUGUUAAAAUGUGGUUCGUUAAAAUUUACGAAAAAUGAAGACGUUCAGUUGUCUAAAGAGCUAUUGGUACAAAUAGGAUUUUGUGGUCAAGGAGAAGUGGUCGCUACCGCUUUAGAUUUAGCCAGUGGCACUCGAGUGGAUGCUCAGAUUGCUGAAACUGAUUGUUGAAAGUAUAAUCAUUUAUUAAAAUGUUGUUAUAAAAUAUAAUUAAAUGUUUAGCUAUAAAAAUACAAUAUUGUUAAAAUAUAAAAUAGGUAUAGUCGAUAUAGACUCAAUGAGUUUGUAUCUAUAAAUCGAUUGAAUCUUUAUUGGCUAUUCAAACUGUAUAUCUUUUACUACUAUAAUAGACUUAUACAUAGUAUUGUUUUAGAUUUAAAAUGUUAUACUUUACAUGGUAUAUUUU